UCCUCAAAUAUCGUGAAAUUCGGAAACAACCAAGUACAGAAUUGAAAGUCAAAUAAACACUCGAUUUUCAAGCCUCCAGAUCUCUCGGGCAUCCGGGCAUGCAAAACCUCACCAAAUGCGGAAAGCAACCUCGGCAGUCUUGGCCCUUCACAUGGCAGUGACGAAAUCCGGGGAAGGUCAUGCUGCACCUUCUCCUGCGCUCCAUAUAAACGCCUGUCACGAGCCAUUUUCUGACCUCUAUACCCUUUUAUCAGCCUCCAGCUUCUGCUCCUAUUAACUCAUUGUCCAGCCCUCUCCUACCCACUGAAAGCGCUUCCAACACCGCCAUCCGCAUCUUACAUCACCGGACAAAGCCUCAGCACAGCCCACCACAUCCACAAUGUCUCUCAAGAACGACGCCUUCCCCUCCUCCACCGCUUUCGACGCCAUCGCCGCCUCCCUCUCCAACUCCGACGCGGACCGCAAAGACGCCAUCAAGAAAGGCGGCACCAUCUUCGCCUUCACGCUGAAGAAUGACGCCGGCGCGACGGAAUCCUGGUACAUCGACCUCAAGGAGACCGGCACAGUCGGGAAGGGCGCGGCGCCCGAGGGGAAGAAGGCCGGUGUCACGCUGAGCUUGUCCGAUAAAGACUUUCAGUCGCUGAUUGCAGGCAAGGCGAAUGCGCAGAAGCUAUUUAUGGGCGGGAAGCUGAAGGUCAAGGGGGAUGUGAUGAAGGCGACGAAGGCGGAGCCGAUUUUGAAGAAAGCGCAGACGCAGGCGAAGUUGUAGAUGGGGGGAGAAAAGUGUAUAUUAGAGGAAGCAUACGUUGAAGUUAUGCCGGUUUACUGUGCUGUUUCUGUCAUCUUUUCCAAGCCCGAAGAUGCAUCGGCGCAAUCUCACAUAGACAUAUCCUCGCCAAAUCUUAAUUUUCCGAGGUCUGAAUUCGCGUCUAUUCAUCUCUCGAAGCGAUUUCCACCCCCCUCUAAGGAUAUAUCGAGACGGGGCCGGUCCGAUAUAUUGGGCCUGGCGUCAAAAUCCUUCGAUUUAGUCAUGAUCUGGCGUCCCAGAACGUUCUACGCUUUCGUCAAAACAAGCUCGGACUAUGGAGCUGCUUCCGUUCAUCUUUCUCCUUGAAUAGACUUCGCUUUUGUGCGGAGCAGUUAUAAUUAUGGGGAAGCUUUUCCUUAUUUAUUCAGAACCAUCCACGCCAUUAUAAGAAGUACUAA